AUGGCAACCACCGACCUUUGUUACACGCUCGUUCAUCAAGAUGACGCGACCGAGCAAAUGACCUUGCAGGAUUUCCAGCGCGCACUCGAAAAAGGCUCUGAUGAAGUGCGAAUUCAAGCUAUGCAAAAGCUGCUUGUCAUCAUGCUCAAUGGCGAUCCUAUGGAGAAGCUACUGCUGCACGUUAUCCGUUUCGUCCUCCCUUCCAAAAACAAGCAGCUCAAGAAACUACUUCACUUUUACUGGGAGAUUUGCCCAAAGACGAAGCCCGAUGGCAAGUUGAAGGAAGAGUUUAUUCUUGUUUGCAACGCCCUGAGAAACGAUUUACAACAUCCCAACGAAUACAUUCGUGGUGCCACUCUCCGAUUCUUGUGCAAGAUCCGUGAAGCUGAAGUCUUAGAACCACUUAUUGCAUCCAUCCGUGCAUGCUUGGAACAUCGUCAUUCGUAUGUACGCAAGAACGCCGUAUUUGCUGUUGGAUCCAUCUACAGACAUUUCGAUUAUCUCUUCCCUGAUGCUCCUCAGGUGAUUCAAUCAUUCUUGGUUGGCGAAGCGGAUAUGUCUUGUCGUCGAAAUGCAUUUGCCGUCCUUUGCAACGUGGAUCGACCUCUCGCUGUUGAAUACCUUCAUUCAGUAUUUGCACUUGUCCCAUCAUUUGAUGAAUUGCUUCAACUCGCUGUUCUCGAAUUGAUUCGCAAGGAUAGCAAGGCAAACUCGGCCAACAAGGGCGCCUAUAUUCGAUGUGUCUCAGAAUUGUUGACCGCCGCCUCUCACUCUGUAAAGUAUGAAGCAGCCAAUAUCUUGAUGGUGUUGACGUCCAAUCCUGCCGCUGUUAAAGCUGCUGCAACAUGCUAUAUCGAAUUGGCUGUCAAGGAGUCCGACAACAAUGUCAAGCUGAUUGUGCUCGAUCGUUUGGACAAUUUGCUUUCUAAGCAGGAGCGCAAGUUGGAUGAUUUGGUCAUGGAUAUUCUACGCAUCCUUUCCAGCCCUGAUAUUGACGUACGACGUAAGACGCUCCGCAUUGCUAUGGAUCUCGUGUCUUCAAGAAACGUACAAGAUGUUAUCCUCUUUUUGAAGAAGGAAUUGGUUAAAACACACGACCAAGAAUAUGAAAAGAACACCGAAUACCGCCAACUUUUGGUACAAUCCAUUCACUCAUGCGCUGUCAAGUUCUCUGAAGUUGCUGCCAAUGUUGUUCAUGUGCUCAUGGAAUUCCUUGGAGAUUCGAACAACCCUUCAGCUGUGGAUGUUGUAUCAUUUGUACGAGAAGUCAUGGAAAAGUUCCCCGAGUUGCGUCAAUCUGUGCUUGAGAAGCUUUUGGACACAUUUAUGGAUAUGAAGUCUGGAAAGGUGUUCCGUGGCGCUCUUUGGAUUAUUGGUGAAUACUGCUUGGAUGCAAAGGAAAUCGAUGAAGCAUGGGCACGUAUUCGAGAAGCUAUUGGCGAAAUCCCUAUUUUGGCAUCAGAGCAACGCUUGCUUGAAGCAACAGAAGAGGAUGAGGAAAAACCUGCCGAAGAUGCCAAAUCAGUGCCCUCUGGUAAUGCUGCACCACGUCGUAUCUUGCCUGAUGGUACCUAUGCCACUGAAAGCAGUUACACUGUUCAAUCCAGCAACACCGCCAAAUUGGAUGCUGUCAAAUCAGCCACUAAACCCCCUCUCCGAGCUUUGUUGCUUGUCAAUGGUGAUUAUUUCCUUGGAAGUGUUUUGGCCACCACCCUUGUCAAAUUGGUGCUGCGAUAUACCAAGAUCGUUUCCGAUACAGCCGCUGUCAAUGCUCGUCGAGCAGAAGCUAUGUUGAUUAUGACCAGCAUUAUCCGAGUCGGCCAAUCUCAAUUUGUCACUCAUCACAUUGACGAGGACUCCUAUGACCGUAUUAUGCAAGAUUUACGUGUCAUUGGUAACCGCGAUCAACCAGUCAUUGAUAAGGUGUAUCUUGAAGAUAGCCGAAACGCUUUUGCAAAACAAAUCCAAGCUGAGGAGCAACGAGCUGCCGCUGAAAAAGAAAAGGGCAAGGCCGCUGAAGUUCAAGUCGAUGAUACAAUUGUAUUUAGACAGUUCUCCAAGAAAGCCAAUGACACUGCCGUUGACGAGUACGAACAAGAUUUGGUCCGAGCUACUGGUGUUUUGGAUAGCAAGGAUGACCUCAUGUCCAAGUUGAGCCGCAUUGUACAACUCACUGGUUUCUCUGAUUCUGUUUACGCUGAAGCUGUUGUUAAUGUCCAUCAAUACGACAUUCUUAUGGAUGUCCUUAUUGUCAAUCAAACAAAUGAAACUCUGCAAAACUUGACGGUGGAAUUUGCCACUCUUGGAGAUCUUAAACUUGUCGAUCGACCAGCAGCACACAACUUGGCACCCCACUCAUUCUUGACCGUGAAGGCUCCUAUCAAGGUUUCAUCCACUGAGACGGGCGUUAUCUUUGGCAACAUCGUCUAUGAUUCACACACUGCCAACGAGAAUAGCUGUGUCGUGGUGCUCAACGACAUCCAUAUCGAUAUUAUGGACUAUAUCAACCCUGCAUACUGCACAGAAACACAGUUCCGAAGCAUGUGGAGCGAGUUUGAAUGGGAAAAUAAGGUCAAUGUGAACACAAACAUCACUGACUUGAGAGAGUACCUUAAGCACAUCAUGGCAUCGACCAACAUGAGUUGUCUAACACCUGAGAAACAAUUGGAGGGCGAUUGUGGUUUCCUUUCUGCAAACAUGUACGCUAGAAGUAUCUUUGGAGAGGAUGCACUUGCAAAUCUUUCGAUUGAAAAGCCUGGUGAUGCACCCAUUGCCGGUCAUAUCCGUAUUCGCAGCAAGACCCAGGGCAUUGCAUUGAGUCUUGGUGACAAAAUCACAUUGGCACAAAAGGUUGCAGCGUAG